AUGAAUUUUUUUGUUUUUGUUUUAAGUUAUGUUCUUCGACGUAUUCUUCGUCGUGCAAUACGUUAUUCAUCAGAAAAAUUACAAGCUAAACCUGGUUUUCUUGCAUCACUUGUUGAUGUUGUUGUUGAAAAUCUUGGUUCAUUCUUUCCAGAAUUACAUAAAGAUCCACAAUUAGUUAAAGAUGUUAUUAAUGAUGAAGAACAACAAUUUUUACGUACAUUAACACGUGGUCAACGUUUACUUAAUAAAACAAUAACAUCAUUAGGAAAUACAACAACACUUCCUGGUGAUAUUGUUUGGCGUUUGUAUGAUACAUAUGGUUUUCCAGCUGAUUUAACACAAUUAAUGUGUGAAGAACGUGGUUUAACAUUUGAUAUGAAUUUAUUUGAAGAAGCUCGACAAAAAUCUUUAAUUGCUUCACAACAAACAAGUGGUGAACAAGCUCAAGUUCAAUGUACACUUGAUGUACAUGCUAUUGAUGAACUUAAACAAUCAAAAGGUUUAAAACCAACUGAUGAUUUACCAAAAUAUGAUUAUACAUCUGAUGAACAAGGGAAAUAUGUUUUCCCAUCAAUUCAAGCAACUAUUUUAGCAAUUCGUAGCGGUCAAAAAUUUGUUGAUUCAAUUAAUUCAGGAGAAGAAUGUGGUCUUGUACUUGAUCGAACAUGUUUCUAUGCUGAAGCUGGUGGACAAACAUAUGAUGAAGGUUAUAUUGUUAAAGAAGAUGAUGAACAUGUUGAAUUUCAAGUUCGUAAUGUUCAAGUACGUGGUGGUUAUAUUCUUCAUGUUGGUGUAGUUGAAGGUAAAUUAUGUGUUAAUGAUAAAGUACGUUUAACAAUUGAUGAUUUUCGUCGACAUUUAAUUAUGAAAAAUCAUACGGGUACACAUAUACUUAACUAUGGUUUACGUUCUGUACUUGGUGAUACUGUUGAUCAACGUGGUUCAUUAGUUGCACCAGAUCGUUUACGUUUUGAUUUUAGUUCUAAAGGAGCUAUGACAACUGAUGAACUUAAACAAACAGAAAUUAUUUGUAAUAAAAUAAUUGAACAAUCAUUACAUGUUUAUGCUAAAGAUGCAUCAUUAGAAGAAGCUAAACGAAUUGAUGGUUUACGUGCUGUUUUUGAUGAAACAUAUCCAGAUCCAGUACGAAUUGUUUCUAUUGGUGUAUCAAUUGAUGAUUUACUUAAUAAACCACCUAAAGCUACGGGACGUGAAUAUUCAGUUGAAUUUUGUGGUGGUACUCAUUUAAAAACAAGUAGACAUGUUGAUCAACUUGUUAUUGUUACUGAAGAAGCUAUUGCUAAAGGUAUUCGACGUAUUGUUGCCGUUACUGGUUCGGAAGCAGAAAAAUGUACGAAAAAAGCUGAUCAAUUAGAUGAUCGUCUUCAAGAUUUAUCACGUCGUGUACGUGAUUCAUCAUCAUUAAAUGCAACAUCAACAUCAUCACGUUCAUUAUUUAAUAAAGAAAUUUUUCAAUUUAAUGAAAAUAUAUCACAAGCUAAUAUAUCACAAUGGCGUCGUGAAUCUCAACGUAAUCAAUUAAAAGAAUUAAAAACAAUAUUAAUUGAAUUAGAUAAAGCUGAUAUGAAAAAUCAAAUAAAUAAAGCUGUUGAACAAUGUCGAGGUAUUUUAACUAAAUAUCCUGAUCGUAAAUGUUUAAUUGCAAAUUUUGAAAUGGGUAAUGAUACAAAAACUUUAAGUACAAUUAUUAAUCAAAUACGUACACAAUCAACAGAAGUUGCUAUUAUGUUAUUCAGUGUUGAUCAUACAACAGAUAAAUUUGUUUGUCUUGCAAGUGUAUCUGAUGCUCAAGUUAAAGAAAAACAAUUAAAAGCUAAUGAAUGGGUACAAAAAGUAAUUGGAGAAUCAAAUGGACGUGGUGGUGGUAAAGAUACUCAAGCUCAAGCAACAAAUUGUGAUGUUACACAAUUAGAUCAUUGUGUUCAAUUAGCAGAAGAAUUUGCACUUAUUAAACUCAAUUCGAAUCGUAGAUCUUUUGAUGUUGUUUUUUUAAUAAAAUCAUUCACUAAGUCAUCUUGUCUCUUCAAUAAAGCAACAGCAUCAUAUCGAUAUCAACGUGAAUUUACAAAACGUGAAGGUAAUCUACAUAAACAACUAAUUCAACGAUACAUGGCUACUCCAAUGAACAAUGAAGAUAUUGAAAAAAUUCUUGAACCAUUUCGAACAGCAGUUAAAGUUCAAGGUGAUCUUGUUAAACAAAUGAAAGAUAAUAAUGUUAAUAAGGAUGACGCUGAUUUUAAACAAGCUUUAAAUGAACUUAAAAUACGAAAAAAAACACUCGAAGAUCAGAUUACAAAAGCUAUGCCAAAAGAAGAAAGUAUUGAUCGAUUAAAAAUGGACGAUUUACUUAAACGAAGAUUUUUUUAUGAUCAAUCAUUUUCAAUCUAUGGUGGUGUUAAUGGUCUCUAUGAUUAUGGUCCAAUGGGUUGUGCAAUAAAAGCUAAUAUGUUAGCAGAAUGGCGUCGACAUUUUAUUCUUGAAGAACAAAUGCUCGAAGUCGAUUGUUCUAUGUUAACACCAGAAAUUGUUCUCAAAGCAUCAGGUCAUGUUGAUCGAUUUGCUGAUUUUAUGGUUAAAGAUGUUAAAACAGGUGAAUGUUUUCGAGCCGAUCAUUUGAUUGAAGCUCAUCUUGAAAAAUUACUCAAAGCAAAAGAUAUAACAAGUGAAAAGAAAACUGAAAUCGAACGUUUAUUACCACAGAUUGAUAAUAUGAAAGGACCAGAUAUGCAAAGAGUAAUUGAACAAUAUAAAAUGAAAUCACCUAUAACAAAUAAUGAUCUAUCAGAACCUGUUUCUUUUAAUUUAAUGUUUGCUACAUCAAUUGGUCCAACUGGUCAAUUAAAAGGUUUUCUUCGACCAGAAACAGCUCAAGGCAUGUUUGUUAAUUUUAAACGCUUAUUAGAAUUUAAUCAAGGUCGUUUACCAUUCGCUGCUGCUCAAAUUGGUAAUUCAUUUCGAAAUGAAAUUUCACCACGUUCAGGUUUAAUUCGUGUUCGUGAAUUUACUAUGGCUGAAAUUGAACAUUUUGUUGAUCCAACUGAUAAGAGUCAUCCAAAAUUUGAAACUGUUGCUAAUCUUCAAAUUCAAUUAUAUUCAGCAACAAAUCAAAUGAGUGGUGAAUCACCACAAUUAGUACGUUUAGGUGAUGCUGUUAGUACAAAAUUAAUUAAUAAUGAAACUCUUGGCUAUUUUAUUGGUCGUAUUUAUUUAUUUAUGACUAGAGUUGGUAUUGAUAAAAAUCGAUUACGUUUUCGUCAACAUAUGAGUAAUGAAAUGGCUCAUUAUGCAUGUGAUUGUUGGGAUGCUGAAUGUAAAACAACUUAUGGUUGGGUUGAAUGUGUUGGUUGUGCUGAUCGUUCAUGUUAUGAUUUAACACAACAUUCAAAAUUUAGUGGUGAACGUCUUGUUGCUGAAAGACCAUUACCAGCAUCAAAAAAAAUUGAAGUUAGUGAAGUACAAGCACAUGCAAAUGUUAUUGGUAAAGCAUUUGGUAAAGAUACAAAUGCAAUAACACAACAUUUACAAAAAUUAUCUCAUGAUGAUGCACGAAUAUUACAUGAUAAACUUGAAAAAGGUGAUGAAAAAAUUACUAUUGAUGGUAAAGAAUUUAGUAUAGCAAGAAAAAUGUUUACAUUUCGAACAUUUGAAAAAACAGUACAAGUCGAAGAAUAUGUUCCAUCAGUUAUUGAACCAUCAUUUGGUAUCGGUCGUAUAUUGUAUGCUAUGUGGGAACAUAACUUUCGAAUUCGACCAGAAAGUGAACAACGAACAUAUUUUACAUUACCACCAUUAAUUGCACCAUAUAAAUGUGUUAUUUUACCAUUGAGUGGCAAUGAUGAAUUUAAACAAUUUGUUAAAGAUAUUUCUGCUCUUUUAACACAAGGUGGUAUUUCUCAUAAAGUUGAUACAAGUAGUGGUAGUAUUGGUCGACGUUAUUCACGUUCAGAUGAAAUAGCUAUACCAUUUGCAAUUACAAUUGAUUUUGAUACACUUCGACAACCAUAUACAGUCACAUUACGUGAACGUGAUACAUUUAAACAAAUUCGUGCUAAAAUUGAUGAAAUAACAAAUAUUCUUCAAGGUCUUUCAAGUGGUACAAUAACUUGGGGUGAAGUAUGUUCUCACUAUCCAGAAUUCGUUGAACAACAAACAACCCAUGCAUAA